CCGCAAACACUAUACCCGUCGAGCGAAAAUCCGCCUCGAGAGACAACGAAUCCACAGCGCGGCGCCCUGCCGUUGAACUCGACCUCCAGCGUCGCCCGCAAUUAGUUCCCUGCCUGUCCUGGGCAUUUCUCGCACAUUUCAUCGCAAUGGCGUACCAACCACCACCACAAAACCACUGGGACCAAGCCAAUUUCGCAUCUUCGCCCAUAGAUGGAUCCAACCGCGACGUCCCGCCGCCUCCGCCCGCACAUCGCCAUCCUGUAGGCCUGCACUCGGACAGCCAGAAUCAGCAACAAUACCCAGACCCGAACAACUACUCAGACUUGUCUACGCCUGGCGCGACACCCGGGUCAGACAACCUGAGCCAGCACUCGGGUGGUGGCAUCAGUGGACGGCCCAUGGGCGUGCCAGAACAGACUCCAAACGCGACGCCAUUCCAUGAUCAGUAUGCCUACGAUACGCCUACUCGGUCAAUGUACUCGCAACGCUCCUAUGGCUCUAAUACUCCAUCUGCAUCGGGUGCUGCACCUCCAAUCCCUUAUUUAGACACUCCCUACAACCGCUACUCCUCCUCCGCACAGAACCUCGCGCCGCAGAUGGGUCACAUCAACCCCAACGAAGUUGCCGACGAUGACGACUGGGGCAUGGAUCCCAAUGCUCCUCAGAACAAACGACGCUCUUUCGUACCCUUCAGACAUGGAACUUCACGAGAUGGCAGCCGCAAAAGCUCACCCGGGUCAUCAAUCAACGGUGGAGUAGUGGGAGCAGGUGCCGCCGGUGCCGCUGCCGGAACUGCGUACGCAGCAACUCGAGAUGGAAACGGCAACUACAACCCCGUGGCUACUGCCAACGGCAGCGGAGAGCUUCUUCCUGAAAAGUCCCGCUGGCCUAAAGAGGAUGACGAUUUAGGCAAAAGAAAAAAGCACAUGUGGAUUGUCGUCGCUAUCCUCGGCGUUGUCCUAAUUGGUGCCAUCCUUGGAGGCGUCCUCGGGACGAUGUUGGGCAAGACCGGUGGCAACGAAAAGAAGACAAGCGGCACCUCUGCCGACGAUGUCACUUCAGACAACAAGAACGACCUCGGCAAGGACUCCCCAGAGAUCAAGGCACUCUUGAACAAUGGUGACCUGCACAAAGUGUUCCCUGGCAUGGACUACACCCCGCUGAACGCGCAGUACCCGGACUGCAUGCACGUUGGGCCAUCACAGAACAACAUCACGCGAGACAUGGCUGUCAUGUCACAGCUUACCAACGCCGUCAGGUUGUACGGCACCGACUGUAACCAAACGCAGAUGCUGAUUCACGCCAUUGACCGUUUAGAGAUCAAAGACACAAUGAAGAUUUGGCUUGGCGUGUGGCUGGACAAGAAUGACACGACGACCGAACGCCAGAUUGCUCAAACAUGGAAGGUCCUCGAUGACUAUGGCUGCGAUUACUUCAAGGGCAUCAUCAUAGGCAACGAAGUGCUCUACCGCAAAGACAUGAAUGCCACAGAAUUGCUGGGGCACAUCACCGACUUCCGCAAAAACAUCACCGAUCACAAGUGCAAACUUCCUGUCGCCAUGGCAGAUCUCGGCGACAACUGGACUGCAGAAAUGGCUACCAAGGUCGACUAUGUCAUGUCCAACGUCCAUCCCUUCUUUGCUGGCGUCGACGUCAAAACUGCGGCCAGCUGGACCUGGAACUUCUGGCAGGACCACGAUGUUCUUCUUACCAAGGACAACUCUAAAAUCAAGCAAGUUAUUGCCGAGGUAGGAUGGCCGACUGGAGGUGGUAAGAACUGCGGUCAAUCACCGUCAUGUACCAGUAGCACUCCAGGUUCAGUUGCUGGACUGGACGAGCUGAACCAGUUCAUGGAAGACUGGAUAUGCCCGAGCUUGAAGAACCAGACGAAUUACUUCUGGUUCUCAGCGUUUGACGAGCCGUGGAAAGUCCGGUACAACGAGAAGGACAAGGGCAAAGAAUGGGAAGACAAGUGGGGCCUCAUGGACAUCGACCGCAAGCUGAAGCCUGGCUUGAAGAUCCCAGAUUGCGGCGGCCAAGCCCUACCUUCUUUCGACUGAUUCAGCGAACAACACACAUGGAGCACGAAUUCUGCAUGACAGCAUGGCGUUAGCGGCAUACCAAUUUUUUUGACAUGUUGGCGGUGAUUUCUGGACCGCAUAUCGAUCUCUUCGAAUUUGUAUAUGGGAGCACUUGUACAUGGGCAGGCCGGUUUUUUGUUUCUCAGGCGCUCGCGGCAUUUUGGCCCAUCAAUCGGAAGUGGCCCACUUGUGAUAUAUUUAGGUUGGUAUAUAGUUUAUUUGGGCUUUGUAUAUGAUAUGGGAAAGGUUCGGCUGGCAUGUUUUGCAUCGUCCACCCUUUUGGAAGGCGGCAUGUUACUCUUUCUGAGCCUAUUUAGCAUUGAAGAUAGAUUGUGCAGCAUUAUGAUAUGAGAAUGCAGAGU